AUGGUCGUCGGCGAAAACAGUGACCCCAUCCAGAGCAGGACACAGCGAAACGAAACGCCUGUGCACGACGUGAGAACGAUUCUGGAGAAGUCCAGCAGAAACCAGACAAAGAUGAAGACGAUCACGGAGCUGGCUCCGCCGAAGCUUGACAUGUCGGAGCAGGAUAGCGAACUGUUGCGCGAGCUGGCCGAAACGCUUACGGUGCACAAUAUCCAGCAGUACAACACACUGCUCAAGACCAAGGAUGGCUUUGCCGAUAACCGCCGCUGGAAGGAAGUGCGCCGAAAGGAUGGUGUCCGAGUUUACCGCGAACGCAGCCGUUACAAUGGUCUGCCGUCCACGCCGUCGCUACUUCUUCUUGGUACCAUUGAGGGUAAGCUUGACGACGUCAUGUAUGGCGCCGUGGCCACCACAGACGAGGCCAUCCGCAUCAAGUCCACCUGCAUUCAGGACGGUAUCAUCGACAGCAAGGUGCUACAUGAACUGGUUCAGCCCACCGUGGACGAUCCAUUCCACCACGUGAGCGUCAAGUGGCGACUCUUCAAUAACCAGCGUGACUACGUGUCGCUGGACACUACGGGCAUCGCGCACACGGUCAAGCGCGAGCGGAUCGGUUACAAUAUUUCCCACUCGGUGGCUUUCGCACAGAUCCCUGGCAUGGAGGAGGCACACGGAAUCGAGCGAGGCAACAUGUCAGUGUGUUCACUUUAUCUCCAGAAAACCCCGACAACCGUUGAGUGCUACGUGCGCGGCUUCUUUGACUUCCACACACAGAACGAGAUGAUCAACACCAUGUCACUUCAAGCCAUUGCAGCGCAGUGGUCAUGUUUUGCACGGAAGCGCGACUGUGCACUGAUGAAGAAGCUGGUUUGGCGUAUGCGCAAGAGCUCAGGAUGCACGGCGUCGCUGUCUCUCCACCCUACCGACGACCGGCCAUCGCUUACCCAGCAACCACCAGCUCGAAUUCGAGGUACAAACCAUAAGAGCUGCAAGAGUUGCCUACGCAAACUCAAAGGCGUACCGGGAGGCAUGCCUGCUCAAGGCUCAAGAGAUGGCACGGACAUCCAGAGCUAG